AUGGCUUCUAAAGGUUUCGUGCCAAAACCUAGUGUGAACCAUGUUUCAUUUUCAGGGGACAGGAAGCGACUCCGUUCCCAUUCUUUUGGGCAGGUUUUGUUUCCUAGGAUAAGUAGGGAACAAGCCUCUUCCUCUUUUUCUUCCUUUACACAAUCAUCAUCAUCAGUAUCGGUUGUUGCUUCUGUUAAUACCAUACCAACUGCAUCUACUUCCACGGCUAAAUUUGCCAGAAGUGUUAGUACUAGUACUUUGGCUCAGCUCUGGAGAGAGAUUCAGGGUUGUAACAACUGGGAAAACCUCGUUCAACCCUUGCACCCUCUUCUUCAGAAAGAGAUCAUUCGAUACGGUGAGUUUGUCACCGCCUGUUAUAAGACCUUCGAUCUUGAUCCCAACUCAAAACGCUAUUUGUCUUGCAAAUAUGGCAAGAAUAACAUGUUCAACCAAGUUGGAAUGGGAGAUUCCGGCUAUCAAGUCACUAAGUAUAUCUAUGCCACUCCAGACGUUAAUAUUCCCAUUCAAAAUGGUUCUGCUUGCGGCCGCUGGAUUGGCUAUGUGGCUGUAUCCUCAGAUGAUGCAGUUAAGAGGCUCGGCAGGAGAGAUAUAGUCAUUACAUUUCGCGGAACAGUAACUAACCAUGAAUGGGCCGCCAAUUUCAUGAGCUCUCUUACUCCUGCAAGGCUAGACCCUCAUAAUCCACGCCCAGAUGUGAAGGUAGAAUCUGGGUUUUUGAGCUUGUACACUUCAGAUGAAAGUGACAACAAGUUUGGACUCGAAAGUUGUCGCGAACAGCUUCUAUCUGAAGUGUCAAGAUUGUUAAACAAGUACAAAGGAGAGGAAAUCAGCAUAUCCUUGGCAGGCCACAGCAUGGGAAGUUCACUUGCUCUUCUUCUUGCUUAUGAUAUUUCCGAGCUUGGAUUGAACAAACUCAAUAAUCCAAGCACGAAUAUUCCAGUAACAGUGUUCUCAUUUGGAGGACCAAGAGUAGGGAACGCAGGGUUCAAGGAGAGGUGUGAGGAAUUGGGGGUUAAAGUAUUGAGAAUUGUGAAUGUUAAUGAUCCAAUCACAAAGCUACCUGGGAUUUUUCUAAAUGAAAAUUUUAGGGUUUUAGGAGGGAGAUAUCAAUUCCCAUGGAGUUGCUCAUGUUAUGCUCAUGUGGGUGUUGAACUAGUCCUAGACUUCUUCAACAUGCAAAACCCUUCAUGUGUUCAUGACUUGGAAGCCUAUAUCAGCAGCUUAUUGUCAAAAUGCCCCAAGAGAUCUUCAUCAGAAGAAGAACAUCAUCAUGAUCAUGUGUUAGAUUUUCUGAACAAAGCGAACGAGUUGCUAUUGAGUGGACAAAAUUUUAACAUGCUGCCUCUGAAAAUUGCUGUAAGCAAUAUCAUAAACUUAGUUGAGUCUCAAAGGGCUGAAUUUUUUAUAAAUGAACAUAUCUUAGGAUGGAUGAAUUCCGUGGCCCUGUACAUUCUUUUCUAGGUAUAUAUAUAAUAUACUGAAGAAGACUAAGAGAACUACUGUACAUUAGAGAAGAUUUUUGUAGCCUUUAAAGCUAGUCUUCAGGCUAUUGUAUCAAGAAACACUAUAAAUAUUUAUACAUAUUUGUUUUUGGAUCAA